AUGGGGAAAGUGGCAACCGCCAUGUUCAUACUCUAUCAUGUUUUCUUCGGCCUAGGAUACUCAAGUGUACCCUGGGUCUACAGUGCAGAGUCGGUCAACUGGUUAGGCGGGUUCGUCGUCGUCCAAUUCACCAAGGUCGGCCUCGAUAACUUGCAGUGGCGCUUCUUCCUAAUGUUCGGUAUUUUCUGCUUCGCCUUCGUUCCUGUGGUAUACCUCUUCUACCCAGAAACGGCCAAUAGGACUCUGGAAGACAUGGACCAGAUAUUCAUACACAACCCGUCAGCUUUCGUCUUUACAGACAGAGCUGCGACGCAAUCAGAGCGACCAGAUGUACUCAUUGAGGCAGAGACGGCGCGAAUAGCGCAGAUUGCAAACAGGUCGCAAAAGGUUGCAUCUGGGAAUGAGAAGAAUGCCACGGACACAAAUGUCUAG